AUGUUAGAAAUAAGAAAAAUCAGUGUUAUGACAACGGAGAACACCUCAAAGGUUGACAAGAAAAUCACUCUAGUAACUAGCAGCAGCAUAUGCCCUUCAGGAGAGACUGAAGAGGAAAAGGCUAAAAGACUUCUUUACUGUUCACUAUGCAAAGUCGCUGUCAACUCUGCUUCACAGCUGGAGGCUCACAACAGUGGUACAAAGCACAAAACCAUGGUGGAAGCUCGAAACGGAAGUGGUACUAUUAAAGCAUUUCCACGAGCUGGUGUAAAAGGAAGAUUGUUUAUCAGCAAAGGGAACACAGGCCUGCAAAACAAAACAUUUCACUGUGAAAUUUGUGAUGUCCAUGUCAAUUCUGAGACUCAGCUUAAACAGCACAUAAGCAGUCGAAGGCACAAAGACAGAGCAGCUGGGAAGCCACCAAAACCUAAAUAUAGUCCUUAUAAUAAAGUACAGAAGACGCUUACUCCAGCUGCGAUAAAAUUAGCUCUUUGCAAACAGCGUCUAAAGCCAUUAACAACACGGAUCCUAUCGAAUCCACUUGCAGCAGCUGCGGCUGCUGCUGCCAUCGCUGUGAAUUCACCUUUCAGUCUCCGAACUGCGCCAGCAGCCACACUAUUCCAAACUUCAGCACUUGCUCCAGCACUUCUGAGGCCAGCUCCCGGGCCAAUACGGACCACCCACACACCUCUUUUGUUUGCUCCUUAUUGA